UUCACAUACUGUUUUGAAGUCAAAAUGUUUAACGUUGAUUUACUCGCAGACCGCAUCGCCAGGACAAAUCUGCAGAAGCGUCGCAACAGAGAGAGUGAGAGACAAGACAGGAUUUUUAAUGACAAAGUGAGGACGAUCGGGGUUGACAAGGAGGCAUUAAACAUGCAGAUAAACGAAAAAGUGAAAAGAGAGCAGGCCGCAAAGGAAGAACAAAAAACUUAUGAUGCAGAUAUGCUCCACAAUAGCAAAGUAGCUUGCCUUGUCCAUAGCAGACAGGUGAAGGAGAAGCGUGAGAUGGAAAAGGCCGUUGUCAACUUCAGGAAUCAGUACCAGCAGCCUUGGAGUCAGCGGGAGUUUGACUUGAACGACCCAGACCGCUGUAGGAAAACAGAUCCAGGUGAUGUACAGAUGAUGCUUCCUGGACUGGUUGGCGAGGACCCUGACAGUAAGAGCAGGCAGCAGAGACAGAAGGAGCAGCUUAGAGAGUGGCUCAUCCAGCAGCAGAGUGAGCGAGCAGCAGAAAGACACCAACAAAACCUGGAUGAGCAGCGCUACAAUCAAAGCAGGGUAGACAUGGACAACACAGCUCUGCAGCUACAUUGCACUGAGAUGGAGAAGAGAAAAGCAGCAGCUAUUGCCACUAAAGAGUACAAUCUGGCCCAGAUCGAAGAGAAGCGUCGUAACGUAGAGGAGCGUCAUGACAAUCGAGCAGGCCACCUGCAAGAACUACUGACGGGUGCAGAUGCCGAACCCACCCUUUGUAUGGUGGGAGUGCCUGGUCUUUGUCCCAGUAGUGACAGGAGAGCCCCUCCAGAGAGCCUGCAGCAGAUUUCCCAGUUCCAGAAAUAUCAGAUAGAGGAGAACAAGAAGCUCCAACUACAGAAAAAUAAAGAAGAGGAGCAAUAUGAUCGUGUUCGCUUGGACUCGGCUCGCGCGGCUCUAUUGAUAGAGAGGCAGCAGGCCAGACUGAACAAGCAGCUGAGACAACACCUGGACAGCACCAACAUCAAGCUGGCUGAAACACACAAACAACAGAAACCGGACAUUGAACGAGGAUGCAUUGAAGACAGCUUCUUCUCCAAGUUCAACACCUGCAGCAGAUGAUGGAUGGAAAUGCAGCUGCACUGAUGACAGGCUCGUU